AUGAUGAUGAACAGCCAUGAAAGGAACUUCAUCUCCUACGAUAUAAUCCCCAGCUUUGGGGAGGGGGUUGUUGGAUUUUGUUCUUGGUUAGGGGCAACCUGUAUGGUUGGCUUUGAGAGUAUUUAUGCAGUUACCUUUUCAUGUGGUGAGAGAAUCAACAUUGCGCAAUAUUUACGAGAAGGGAACCUGAAUGAGUGGCCUCCACUCCAUUACGACAGCCUAAUCUUAAGUUUGAAAGACAAAUCUCAGAUUCGGUGCUGCUAUUGGAAAAUGUUGAAAUUAUGGUGGGUGACAGUUAAUGUUGGUUCUUUCUCCUUGCUUCUGGGCAUCAAAAGAAUCUCUCUCUUUUCCUUUGCUGCUAUUUGAAGCUGAAAAAGGGUUAGAAGAUGAAAGUGGGCAGACCAAAUCUAUGGUUUAGUGGGUGUAGAAUGAAGGAUAAAGCUAAAUUAGUGAGGAUGUGGGUCACUAUAUUGAGUAUUAAAGUGGUGCUUCUUGAUUAAGUUAUAAGGGAAUAGGAUGCUAGUUUUCAUUCUUUACCUAUCGUGCUUCGCAAAAUCAAUUGUAAAAGGGGCCACAUGAUGCACGCUAUAGACAUGGUAAUAGCAGGAAAGUUCAAAUUUGGAUCUGUAUCUGUAUUGCAUCUCCUG